AUGGAGAACGAAGGGGUGAUGAGUAGCACGAAAAAAAUGAAAGUAAACACUGACCUCAGCUGGAUUGCAAACUUUGCGACGAUUGUUGUGAGCUUUUUGGUAGGGGUUUCGUACAACUUUUUCAAUGAAGCGCUCAUUUCUACUGUGAACGACAUGGGGACGUACGCGGGUUCUGUCUCAUUUAUAUACAUCAUCCCAAUCAGCACUGCUUUUGUCAACUUUUUGACUGUUGUCACAACUCUGAUUUCUUUCAACUCGUUUCAGAAGUACCCACUCUUUUACUUUGUGUGUUUUUCGUUGGUUGGUCAAUUUAUUUUGUGUUCACUCAUUGAAGGGGUUCUACCCUUGGUGUAUUCGGCAGAUACAAUCGACGACAAAAAUGGUGUGGAGUUGGCCAUUGCUGAAAUGUCGAGCAUCGCCCACGGUUUUUUGUCAGCGUUCAACAUGCUCUCAUUUUUACACAUUUCCUCGCUUAUUUCAUGGAUUCAUCUACUUUUUUAUCUUCUCGGGGUAGGGUGUGGGCCGUUUCUAUCGUCAAUGAUGGAUUAUAUCGGAUUUAUGCUUGGUGGAAGCAAAACGGAAGUCGAUUAUUAUGUUAUGAUGUCCGUACUACUUGUUGUUGAAGUUGUUGCUUUUGUUAUGGUGUUGACAGUUUACUUCACUUUUAAAUCGUUCAGGGAAGCUAUUAAAAUUGAACCAACAAAUUUGCUGGAACAGUCUGUGGCUCUUUCAUCUUCGAGGUCGUUUAAAGCCAAGGUUCUACUGCGGUCGGCGCUUUCGGAGAUGCGGGACGUUAUCGUCAAUUUGAAAUACAAUGUCCUCACAAUUGUUAUCACUGCGUUUACAACAGCAACGCUUUACCCAGGUCUUUUCAAUUAUUACCCAAUUGGUGCGUCGAGGCAGACGAGUACCGAUUAUGGAAAUUACUCAUUUGUGAUGAAGAACAUUUCGAUAGUUUUUACAGGGGGCGUGUUUUUGGGAACAGUGUUCAUUUUCAUUCCGUACAUCCCAUCCAAAAAAGUGCUUUUCGCGUUCUCCGUAUUCAGCUCUGUUUUUCUUUGUUUUUUGGUGCCAACUUUUUCGCAAUUUACGAUGUUUGUGUUGAACAAAUAUCCAGAAGAAUCUAACGGCCUUGGAGGACAGGUACGCCAAGUGAGUUUCAUCCUUCUGAUUUUCAUGAGUGCUUUUGGAGGUAUUUUCCAGGGCUACUCGUUUUCGGCGACGAGUCUUGCAAUUUUGAAACAUGCUGAAGAGCGUGUUGCUGUUGGUAUUAUCCUUGCCUCGUCGUCGUUUGGGACGCUUAUUGGCUCGAUUGUGCAGAUCAUGUUGCUCUUUUCUUUUAACGAGUUUUGUUAA